AUGUCUAUUGUUAACCAAAGGAGAAAAACAGAGAAUAUGCAAAAAGGAAGAUUGGGAGGUAGACAACUAUCUCUGGAUCUCGUAGUUGAGAUACUCAAGAAACUCCCUUCAAAGUCACUUGUAAGGUUCCGAUGCGUCUCGAAGCAAUGGUCAACCAUUAUCAACAGCCGUAGAGACUUUAUCGAGGCGAUCGUGAAUCGAUCUUUAUUAUCUCACCAGCAGCAGCAGCAUCAGCCUCCCAUGUUCAUCUUCCACCAUUGUGUGCCUGAAACUUUCUUCACAUUCUCGUCUACUUUCUCUGAGAGCAUCAGACCCGCUCUGGUUACGAUAUACAACCAUACCACUAGACAAUCCCUUCGUCUACCCGUGAUAGAAGCCCCAGUGACGGAGUUCCGACGAUUGUACUGUCACUUUGGAUACGACCCUGUCAUGGAUCAAUACAAAGUGAUGUCCAUACUUGUUGAUUUUCGAGAGUUUACGCAAACUUUUCAUGUUUUCACGUUGGGUAGUGAUAAAUCUUGGAGGAGAAUCCAAGGCAUUGAUGAUGAGCAACUCCUUCCAUCCGUGGACGGGGUUUGCAUCCAGGGGACUAUCUACUACGGAGCGACUAGGGCUACGAAAAAGGAAAGCUGUGGUGAAACUGUUGACUUCCGGAUGACUUUCGAUCGUGGUGAAACUGUAUUGCUCAGUUUCCACAUCAGGUCCGAAAGAUUCUAUCAUGUCUCGGCUCCAGAGCCGAUGUUACAAGCAUUGUCGAGUGGCCUUUUAAUUGAUCGAGCUCUGUUAAACCACCAAGGGAAGUUAGUAUGUAUUGGUUGCUGCGGCGAGGAGAAGGACGACGACGACAAUGAUUUAACAAGUAUGUGGGUUUUUGAGAAUACUGAGAAACAAGAAUGGUCCAAGAUUACUUUUGACUUGCCAGAACUCCCAUUGUUUUGCUUAAAUGGUGAUUUCACAGGCUUCUCAGGUUUCACCCCUGCUGGUGAGAUCUUUGUCACUCAGUACAGGUAUUUCUUUGAUAAGCCCGUCUAUGUUUACUACUAUGACAUGAAUCGAAACUGCUUUAGAAGAGUUGAAAUCCAAGGUACUAGGCCAGAGAAAAUAACCAAGAAUCCUGCUACUGUUAAAGUAUUUGGCAUUCAUGAUCAUGUCGAGAACACAAUGUUGUUGUCUUAG